AUGUUCGACACGGUCUGCACGCUUCCGCUUUCCUCGGACCUCUUCGCUCAGGCUAUCCACCCCGAGGAGCCCGUAGUCUCUGUCGGUCUGGCCUCGGGCCACGUCCAGACCUUCCGACUGCCUUCCUUAGAAGGAGAGGACGAUGCCGAUUCUGCACCGAAUUCGUCGGCCCGGACCGGAAAGGGUCACAUUGACACAAUGUGGAGAACCCGGCGACACAAGGGUAGCUGCCGCACCCUAGGGUUCGGUACGGAUGGCAAAACCCUUUACUCAGCGGGUACAGACGGUAUGGUGAAGGCUGCAAGCACGGAGACUGGUCAGGUGCAAAACAAGAUUGUGAUCCCUCUUGAGAAGAACGGCUCUAUUGAUGCGCCAACCAUGAUCCACGCCCUUUCUCCUCAAACUCUUCUCCUCGGUACCGACUCAAGCGCUCUGCACCUCUACGAUCUCCGUAUCCCCUACUCCAAGGUGUCCGCGCGGCCUGAGCAGUCACACCACCCCCACGACGACUACAUCUCUUCUCUUACUCCUCUGCCGGCUUCCGAAACUAGCACGUCGGGCUUCAGCAAGCAGUGGGUCACAACUGGUGGAACAACCCUGGCCGUGACAGAUCUCCGGAGGGGCGUUCUGGUGCGCAGCGAGAACCAGGAAGAAGAAUUGGUCAGCUCCGUCUUUAUGGGUGGUCUGCCCUCCAGCGGAACUAGCCGGGGCGAGAAGUUGAUUGUUGGUGGAGCCAGCGGUAUCCUAACUCUCUGGGAGAAGGGUGCGUGGGAUGACCAGGAUGAGCGGAUCUACGUUGACCGCAGUGCCGAUGGCGGAGAUUCCAUCGAGACAAUGUCAGUUGGGCCUGACUAUUUGGGCAAGGUGGUGGCCGCAGGCCUCUCAAGCGGAAAGGUGAAAUUCGUGCGCAUCGGACCCAACCAAGUCGUUUCUGAGGUUGUGCACGAUGAGAUCGAUGGUGUUGUGGGCUUGGGCUUUGACGUGGAAGGCCGUAUGGUCUCUGGUGGUGGUCAAACCGUCAAGGUGUGGCACGAGGCUGAGGACAAUGUCGGUGAUGGAUCUGGCGAUGAAGACAUGAUGGAUGAUAGUGAUGACGAUAAGGAUUCGGAUGACAGCGAUGCGGAACGUCGCGAGGAUCCAAAGGACCGAAAGAAGCGCAAGAAGUCCAAGAGCAAGGACCGCAGUGGUGGACAGCAUAUCAUGGCCUUCCACGACCUGGACUAA